UCUCAAGGCAGGUGUCUUCCCCCCCACACCUCGGCUCGUCCCGCGGGGUCUCCCGCCCCGAGGUGCACGGGCGAAGGGCGCAUUCUCGGGACCCUAGCUCCCCCGCAGGGUGCGUCCGCGCAGCGCCACCCCUACCUCUGAGACCCCUGCGGCGGGUAGGGUGGGGAACGACCAUCUGGACCGGAGCCCCCUCCCCAAGCUGCCAAAGUGCUCCGAAGUUGCGGUCCUGCCCGAUCCCCGCCGGCAGUGCCCACCCCAGUGGGCACCCGCAGGUGCUUUCUCCAGGCCUGGGCAGGGACCCCUCCUGCCAGGACUGUCAACCCACCCCGUAUAGGCCCCCCGGGAGCACCCAGGCCCCCGAGGGCAACGCCUGCUACCAGGCCUGGAGACCCGGCCCCGCCCCGGUUGCCUGGGCCCGGCCUCACCACCAUCUCCCUGGGGAGAGCGCCUCAUUCCUGCCCUUCACUUUCUGCUCUACCUUGAAGGCCCACAAUGUCCUGCUGAAUCUGCCAGGUACUCAGUGAAGAUCCGCAGCUAGCACCCAUGGAGGGGUUACUGGCAGGUGGCCUUGCUGCCCCAGAUCAUCCUCGAGGCCCAGAGAGACUGCCUGGCCCAGCUCCAAGAGAGGACAUCGAGGGUGGGGCUGAAGCUGCUGAGGGGGAAGGUGAUAUUUUUCGAUCUGCUCAUUACCUACCAAUCACGAAGGAAGGACCCCGAGACGUUCUGGAUGGCCGAAGUGGCAUUUCUGAUGGGCAGCCCCAUCCUGGCCUCAGCGAAGCCCUCCCCCGUGCCACCUCCGCCACCCAUCGGAUCAGCAGCUGCUACUGGGAUGGAGACAGCCUGGACUUUCAGCCGGGCUCCCCACCACCCCAUCUUCUGGGCCCCUUCCCUGCAUCCCUUGAUGUUCAGGGGUCUUGGGAGCACCUCAUGGUCCAGGAGGCCGGGGAGGGCAUCCUGUCUGAGCAGAGGUUCGAGGACUCAGUUAUUGUGAGAACUAUGAAACCCCAUGCCAAGCUCAAGGGCUCUAGAAAGUUCUUGCACCACCAGGGUGAACUGAAGUUCUUAGAGAAAUACCCUCCAAGCCACCACAAGUCUGACUGGCUCCAAGAUGCAGAUGAGCAGGGGCCUUUGAAGGAUGCAGGGUUACACCUGGACCUUCCUGCCCAGCCACCAACUGUCACUUCCUUCAGGAGGGUAGUUGUGCCAGUGGAUGACACUCCCAAGACACUGGACAUGGAGGUUAUGGGUACCAGAGAGGACCUAGAGGACUUUGGGGGACUGGCCCAGCCUUCUGAGUGGGGCCUCCACACAUCAGCCUCAGAAGUGGCCACACAGACCUGGACAGUGAACUCUGAAGCAUCUGUGGAGCGACUGCAACCCCUACUGUCCCCAGUCCAGACAGAGCCAUCCCUGUGUGAACUGUUGCAGGAAGUAGCUGAUGGGGUGGACAGCCAGGAGGAGGAGGAGGAGGAAGAGCCAGCUGUGUUUCCAUGCAUUGAGUGCAGCAUCUACUUCAAGCACAAGGAGCACCUCCUGGAACACAUGAGCCAGCACCGCCGAGCACCAGGCCAGGAGCCUCCGGCUGACCUCGCUCCACUGGCCUGUAGCGAAUGUGGCUGGGCCUUCACAGAGCCUACUGCCCUGGAGCAGCACUGGCAACUACACCAGGCUUCCCGGCAGAAGAUUAUUGAAGAAAUCCAAAAACUGAAGCAAUUUCCAGGUGAUGAGGGCCGUGAGGCACGGCUGCAGUGCCCCAAGUGUGUCUUUGGCACCAAUUCCUCUAAAGCCUUCAUGCAACAUGCCAAGCUGCAUGUGCGUGAGAUACUGCCCAGCCAGCAGGCCAAGGAACCUUUCAGGGGUGACAGCCCAGUCAUAGAUGUUAGCACCCUCGUCUGUCCCUCCUAUGGAGACUCCUCAGGCCUCAGUACCUGCAUCUACUGUGACUUCACAGCACCUAGCAAGAGUCUGCUCAGGGAGCACACAAGGCUCGUACAUGCCCAUGCCCACUGGGAGGAGGAUGGCGAGACCUUUGAGUCAAACCUCACUAGCCAGCCAGGGACUAGCCAGGAUACAUACAUCCACUUCCCUGAUACUGCUACCAUGGACUAUUUUGGCAAAUCUGAGCCUCUCUUGGCCUCUUUGUGGCAGGAGAACCCUGCUGGAUAUGACCAGGGCCUAGCCUUUGGCCUAGACCAUCAGCAGCGAGGUGUGAGAGAUUUCCCACUGUUAAACUCAGGCGAGCGGCCUCUUGGAAAGCUGGCCUUUCCUUCCCCUGUGGCAUCUGCUUCCUACUCCAUACAGCUCAAUAGAAACAAAAGCACUGUCCACCUGCAGAGACUGGAAGACAAGAGUCGCCCUUGGAGUGAAGAGGAGGAGGAGGAGGAGGAGGAGGAGGAGGAGGAGGAGGAGGAGGAGGAAGAUGAAGAUGUAGUGCUAACUUCUGAAAUGGAUUUCACUUCUGAUAAUAGGGCUUUUCCAUCCCCAGCCAUCCCUAGCCUCAUCCCUCAACCAGCCCUAGAGAUGAAGCAGACUUUCCAAGAUGCCCUGCAGGCAGUCGAGGCCUCACAGGAUCAGCAGCAGCAGCUCCAAGGAAUGGUGCCCAUUGUUCUGGUGGCAAAGCUCAGGCCACAAGUCAUGGCUGCAGCCAGCCGGGCAUCCCCAAAGCUGCCCCCUGAGGAACUGGGGCUGGGAAGCACCCACCCUCUGGACUUCCUGCUCCUAGAUACACCUUUGGGUGGAUCACUGGGUCUGGACACACUCCUAGAAGGGGAUACGGCCAUGGCUCUAAAGCAUGAGGAACGGAAAUGCCCCUACUGUCCUGAUCGUUUCCACAAUGGCAUCGGGCUGGCCAAUCAUGUCCGAGGCCACCUGAACCGUGUGGGUGUCAGCUACAAUGUUCGGCAUUUCAUCUCUGCAGAGGAGGUGAAGGCCAUUGAACGCAGGUUUUCCUUCCAGAAGAAAAAGAAAAAAGUGGCUAACUUCGACCCGGGCACCUUUAGCCUGAUGCGAUGUGACUUCUGUGGGGCUGGUUUUGAUACUCGGGCUGGCCUUUCCAGUCAUGCCCGGGCCCACCUUCGUGACUUUGGCAUCACCAACUGGGAGCUUACCAUCUCACCCAUCAACAUCCUGCAGGAGCUGCUGGCCACCUCAGCAGCUGAGUUGCCCCCGAGUCCCCUGGGCCGUGAGCCUGGUGGGCCACCUGGAAGCUUCCUGACUUCACGACGGCCACGCUUCCCUCUCACCGUGCCCUUCCCAUCCACCUGGGCUGAGGACCCUGGGCCAAUCUACGGAGAUGGUAAGGGGAGGGAACAGACCAGACUGGAGCCCCUACCCUUCCCCAGAGGUACAGCGGGAUGGAUGGGCCUUUGUUCUGAGGAAAACACAAUGGUGGCCAUGGACUUGGGGUCUCCCUUACUCCCAAAGAAGACCCUGCCUGUCUCUGGGACCCUGGAACAGGUGGCCAGUCGGCUGAGCAGCAAAGUGGCUGCAGAGGUUCCUCAUGGCAGCAAACAGGAGCUGCCAGACCUCAAGGCCCAGAGCCUGACCACCUGUGAGGUCUGCGGUGCCUGCUUUGAAACACGAAAGGGCCUGUCCAGCCACGCACGUUCACAUCUGCGGCAGCUGGGGGUUGCAGAGUCAGAAAGCAGUGGUGCUCCCAUCGACCUUCUCUAUGAGCUGGUGAAGCAGAAGGGCCUGCCUGACGCUCCCCUUGGGCUGCCCCCUAACCUGACCAAGAAGUCCAACUCACCAAAGGAGUUGAUUGCUGGGGCCUCCAGGCCUGGCCUGCUCGCCCUGGCCAAACCUAUGGAUGCCCCUGCUGUUAACAAAGCCAUCAAGUCACCUCCAAGCUUCUCAGCCAAGGGCCUGGCCCACCCAUCCAGCUCUCCACUCCUCAAGAAGGCCCCACUCACUCUGGCAGGAUCUCCUACACCCAAGAAUCCUGAAGACAAGAGCCCCCAGCUAUCCCUGAGUCCCCGGCCGACCUCCCCAAAGGCACAAUGGCCCCAGUCUGAGGAUGAGGGGCCUCUGAAUCUCACUUUAGAUAGUGACGGGGGCAGAGAGCUGGACUGCCAGCUGUGCGGUGCCUGGUUUGAGACCCGCAAGGGCCUGUCCAGCCACGCCCGUGCCCACCUGCGCCACCUGGGCGUCAGCGACCCGGAUGCCAAGGGAUCCCCCAUAGACGUGCUCCACGGGCUCAUCAGGAGGGACGGCAUCCAGAUCCGCCUCCCACCCGGGCGGGGAGCCCUGGCCCAGCUGGGGCGGCCUCCUUCUGCCUCCACGGCCCUCUCCUUGCUCCCUCCCCCACCGCCGGCCAAGAAGGCCAAGCUGAAGGCCUCGGGUAUGGCCAUCCCCUGGGGGAAGCAGGACCUCUCGGCCGCCGGCAUUUUCUGGGCCUCUGAUGUGGAGCCAUCUCCUCUCAACCUCUCUUCAGGCCCAGAGCCAACAAGAGACAUCCGCUGUGAGUUCUGUGGUGAGUUCUUUGAGAACCGAAAGGGCCUGUCCAGCCAUGCGCGCUCCCACCUGCGGCAGAUGGGUGUAACUGAGUGGUAUGUGAAUGGCUCACCCAUCGACACACUGCGGGAGAUCUUGAAGAGACGGACCCAAUCCAGGCCAGGUGGACACCUCCACCCACCAGGGCCUAGCCCAAAAGCCCUAACCAAGGUGGUGGGUAGCGGAGGUCCUGGCAGCUCACUAGAAGCCCGCAGUCCCUCGGAUCUUCACAUCUCACCCCUGGCCAAGAAGUUGCCACCGCCACCAGGCAGUCCUCUGGGCCACUCACCAACUGCUUCUCCUCCUCCCACGGCCCGGAAGAUGUUCUCAGGCCUUGCUACUCCCUCCCUGCCCAAGAAACUGAAGCCUGAACAAAUGAGAGUGGAAAUCAAGCGGGAGAUGCUGCCAGGGACCCUUCAUGGGGAGCCACACCCAUCUGAGGGUCCCUGGGGCACGCCUCGAGAAGAUAUGGCACCCUUGAACCUGUCAUCCAGGGCAGAGCCAGUACGUGACAUCCGUUGCGAGUUCUGUGGUGAGUUCUUCGAGAACCGCAAAGGCCUGUCCAGCCAUGCGCGCUCCCACCUGCGCCAGAUGGGUGUGACUGAGUGGUCUGUCAAUGGCUCACCCAUCGACACACUGCGGGAGAUCCUGAAGAAGAAGUCCAAGCUGUGCCUCAUCAAGAAAGAGCCUCCAGCUGGAGACCUGGCUCCUGCCCUGGCUGAGGAUGGCUCCCCCACAGCAGCUCCUGGGGCUAUGCAUUCCCCACUGCCUCUGUCACCCCUGGCUAGCCGGCCUGGAAAACCAGGAGCUGGGCCAACCCAGGUUCCCCGGGAGCUCAGCCUGUCACCCAUCACAGGGGCCAAGCCCUCAGCUACCAGCUACCUGGGCCCAGUGGCAACUAAACGGCCCCUACAGGAGGACCGCUUCCUCCCAGCAGAGGUCAAGGCCAAGACCUACAUCCAGACUGAACUGCCCUUCAAGGCAAAGACUCUGCAUGAGAAGACCUCCCACUCCUCCACCGAGGCCUGCUGUGAGCUCUGUGGCCUUUACUUUGAAAACCGCAAAGCCCUAGCCAGCCAUGCGAGGGCGCACCUUCGGCAGUUCGGUGUGACAGAGUGGUGUGUCAACGGCUCUCCCAUCGAGACGCUGAGUGAGUGGAUCAAACACCGGCCCCAGAAAGUGGGCGCCUACCGAAGCUACAUCCAGGGUGGCCGCCCCUUUACCAAGAAGUUCCGCAGCGCCGGCCACGGUCGUGACAGUGACAAGCGGCCACCCCUGGGGCUGGCACCUGGGGGCCUGUCCCUGGUUGGCCGAAGUGCUGGGGGGGAGCCAGGGCCUGAGGCUGGCAGGGCAGCCGACAGUGGUGAACGGCCUCUGGCAACCAGCCCACCUGGGACCGUGAAGUCAGAGGAGCACCAACGGCAGAAUAUCAAUAAAUUUGAACGCAGACAAGCCCGCCCCCCAGAUGCCUCUGCAGCUAGGGGUGGUGAGGAGGCCAAUGACCUGCAACAGAAGCUGGAAGAAGUGCGGCAGCCUCCACCCCGGGUCCGGCCAGUCCCCUCCCUGGUGCCUCGCCCCCCCCAAACAUCACUGGUCAAGUUUGUGGGCAACAUCUAUACCCUCAAGUGCAGGUUCUGUGAAGUGGAAUUCCAGGGCCCACUUUCCAUCCAGGAAGAGUGGGUGCGGCAUUUACAGCGGCACAUUCUGGAGAUGAACUUCUCCAAAGCAGAUCCUCCGCCUGAGGAGCCCCAGGCCCCGCAGGCACAGACAGCAGCUGUAGAGGCGCCCUAACAAACAAGCAUUCCAGAUCCCCUCUUGUGCCACCUGUCCCCUCCUGUUUCUCCUCUGUGUCCUCUUCCCGUUUCCCUCUUUCUUUUCCGUUUCCAAAGGAGCAAGCCAAAACCUCAAACCGGCGCCCCUUGGGGGCCGGGCACACUACAACCUGGGCGCCGGGAGCCAGCUAGCCACCUUCCCCAACCUGAGGACUCUGGGGCCACAAGGGUACCUCCUUGAGCCCACCUGGUUGGUCCAGCAGGGGCAGUAGCCAGGCCUUUGGUGGUGGCCAAUCUGGUUACAGGGGAGAAUAGCACUUCCCUCUGUCUAGCAACCAGACAGGGCUAUGUCUGCCAUCCGUGGCCAUUUGCAAAGACCCCAAAGACCCCUGUUCCCUCUUGCCCCCAUGAAUAUCUAUUCUCACUCAUGCACAGGCAAACAUACACGCACGCGCACCUCGUGAGACCUGGGAUCUGCCCUAGCCCCCACAGUUCCUACGUCAAACGACCACAUCUCGCCACGGUGCUUGCUCAGGGGAAUCCACGCUCCCUCUGCUAACCCACUAGGGCCUGGGAGCCCCCACUGAGCCCACAAUGCCACGGAAAUUCUUGUUGGCUGCCCCCCCAAAAGGGGCCUUCCUAUUUUGGAAGAGCUCAGAGCUGACAGCUGCCUCCUGCCAUGUCAGAGCCUCAGGGGCUCCAGGGCUGGGAGGGUAGAGUGAGGGGUGGGACUCCUCACCCCCACCACCCUCCCCUCUUCACUGUUGCUUUCUAUGUAUAGCUCCCUAGAUCUUUCACUUUUUUAAAAAAUGCGUUUUGUGUAGAGAAUAAGGAACGUGGAUCUUUUUAUUUUGCAAUCCUGGGCCAGCUAGAUACCGGGAGCUAAUUGACCUUUUAACCUUUUUCAGUGGCCAUCUUUUGGUUAUCAAUGUACCUAGAAAUAUGUAAAUUAGAUUAAAUUUCUCUUCUGGAAACACCCCA